AGGGAAAAAUGUUGGUGCGAUGCUACCGGGCCAAGCUGUCGGUGUGGGCCGCUCUGUGCGUGCUGGUGCUCUGCUGGUUUUAUAUUUACCCCGUGUACAGACUCCCACGCGAUAAAGAAAUAGUGGAAGAGGUGCUGAGGCAGGGGGAAGUAUGGCAGAAGAACCAGACGGGCAUCGAUUUGUACAGGAAGUUGCUGACAGACUGCUGUGAUCCAAGGAGGAUGUUUGCGGUAACCAAGGAAAACUCGCCAAUGGGCAAAGUCCUGUGGUACGAUGGCGAGUUUUACCACUCACACACCGUCAACAAUGAGACUUAUUCGCUCUUUGUGCAGGACAACCCUCUGCAGCUUCCUCUUAAAAAAUGCGCGGUGGUGGGUAAUGGUGGCAUCCUCCGACACAGCAGAUGUGGACAGCACAUUGACCAGGCUGACUUCAUCAUGCGGUGUAACCUUCCACCGCUCUCAAAGGAAUAUGUGGAGGAUGUAGGAACCAAAACACAUCUGGUGACAGCCAACCCCAGCAUCAUUGAGAAAAGAUUUCAGAACCUUCUGUGGUCAAGAAAGGCCUUUGUGGACAGUAUGAAGGUCUAUGGUUCCAGCUACAUCUACAUGCCAGCGUUCUCCAUGAAGCCUGGCACUGACCCAUCACUGCGGGCGUAUUACGCCCUGUCAGACACCUCCUCCAACCUCACCAUGCUGUUUGCCAACCCCGAAUUCCUACGCACGGUGGGCAAGUUCUGGAAAGCCCGCGGCGUGCACGCCAAACGCCUCUCCACAGGGCUCUUCCUGGUCAGCCUGGCCUUGGGGCUGUGUGAGGAAGUAACAGCCUACGGCUUCUGGCCAUUCUCCGUCGGCCUGGACGAGCAGCCGGUCAGCCACCAUUACUACGACAACAUCCUGCCCUAUAAAUGGUUCCACGCCAUGCCUGAGGAAUUUGUCCAGCUUUGGCAUCUACACAAAAGUGGUACGCUGCACAUGAGGGUGGGACACUGCCCCCCUCAGGAUGGAGGGAGCAGCUAGAGCGCUUUGUGGAGUGAAGUUAAAGCAAUCGGUUGAAGCUUAGUGGGUUGCAAGAAGCAGAUGAGGAUGUUUGGGUUGUGUGUAGGCAGGAAGCUGUUGUCGUGACAUAAAUGAGUGUAGAUAUUUCCUCUGAGGAACGUCGGCACUACAUCUGUGCUCAUACGCACUCCUGCUGUCCCCCCAGCUAAUCCCUAAUUACCAUGAGAAUGUCCACCCAGACCAGCAGCAUCAGGUACUGAGUAUAUAUUGACACAUGCAGGCAAAUACACACAAUACAUAGAAUAAUCAUACAUUCCCAAAACCUGCCAUAUCUCUUCCCCUUUCUGAAAUUGUGUGUGUGUUCAUGGAUGUGUGUUUUUUAUGGAAAGCCUCAGCUGGGACUAAUAAAGGUGAAAGUGUGCGGUGGGGGAUGGGGUUUUUUGUAUAGUGACUACUGUAUCUGACUGACAUAUGGGGCAGCUGGACCAAACCCCCCUCUGGGUCUUUGUUAAACAGAGACAGAAGGAGUGCAGGACCGGGGGGAAUAAUAAAACACACUGAAAGACUGGCAAAAUGCAAGGAACAGGGGAGAGAUAAUGGUGUCCUGGUACCUAGUAGCUUGAAUAGGACUGAAAUUUAAUGGAGGGAAAAAAACAGAGUGGCAGGGGGGAGAAAGAGUGAAAGCUGACUGGUGUGUGUAUGAAAGGAUUUUUCUCUGCUUUUCUUCAACAAGGCGCUUGAUUGGCAUUCUCUGGUGCCAAAUAGAGCUUUAGUUCAAAGCAGGAGCCAUUAGAAAUGGAGUCUUAAGUACUAUAUUCCCUAGAAUGUUUAGCCAAGUUGCAUUUUAACCCUUCACCGAAAAGGGAAAAUGAAUACAUCCUGGUGUACAUGUAUUGUUUUUGUUUGCCAAAUAUGAUGUUCAUAAUUAAUGUGAAUUCUUUUUUUGAGAAGGGAGGAAGCAUUAUCAACUUUUAAUAUCAUAUAUGAACAUUUGCUGCAAAAAAAAAAAGAAAACAUCACACGUAGGUACCUCACUUUUCAUUUGGCAUCACCUCUGACUGACUCUUCAGUACAAUUCAAUCACAAGCAGGCUCCGUAGAUAUGAUUUUUUUUAAAAAGCCUAUGCUGCUUCUUUAGAGAGGCUGCUAGAAGUCACUUCUUGGUAACUGUACUAUACUUGCCAAGUGCCAAGCCAAGGGAACAGUGGUCUCUUUGAUACAUGUUCUUGCGCUGUCCUUGUGCUCUCAAAUGGCGAGACACUGAUCUAAAUAGAGGUAGUGACAAGAAACAGACUUAAGGAGUCGAUGUCACAAAGUGGCAUUUUAAUGAGGGGUUUUUUAGCUAGACAGAUGCUAAAUUAAAUUGUGAAUUAUUCACAGUUACUCCUGUCAUAAUUUUGCAUCAGAGCACAAGAAGAACUGAGCCUCUGUCCUGUGCUUCUUUUAUAAUUGUGAUUUUUUUUUGGGGGGG